AUGGCUACUAAGCAAGCUGAUCUUGAGCGGGACACCGUUGAGCCCUCGGGUGUCCAGCAUAUGACGACAGAUUUUGGUGUGAAGAUUUCUGAUCCUGAUCACUGGCUGCGAGUCGGUGAUGCGAAUCACAAUGGCCCGCCAUUGUUGGAGGAUUCGCUCGCCCGAGAGAAGAUCAUGCGUUUCGACCAUGAGCGUAUUCCCGAACGAGUUGUCCAUGCUCGUGGAGUCGGCGCUUUCGGCACUUUCAGAAUGAAGAAAAGCAUCAGCGACCUCACCACCGCCGGUGUUCUCACUGACACGUCGCGAGAGACGCCUGUCUUUACUCGGUUCUCCACCGUCCAGGGCAGUAAAGGCAGUGCCGAUACCGUUCGAGACGUGCGUGGUUUUGCAGUCAAAAUGUAUACUUCCGAAGGAAAUUGGGACAUUGUCGGCAACAACAUUCCGGUUUUCUUCAUUCAGGAUGCGAUUAAAUUCCCGGACGUCAUUCACUCGGUCAAGCCAGAACCACAUAACGAAAUUCCUCAGGGUCAAAGUGCCCAUAAUAACUUCUGGGACUUCCAGUACAUGCACUCGGAGACCACUCAUAUGCAGCAAUGGAUCAUGUCUGACCGAGCCAUCCCCCGCUCUCUUCGGAUGAUGCAAGGGUUUGGUGUGAAUACCUAUUCUCUCGUGAAUGCCGAAGGCAAGCGCCAUUUUGUCAAGUUCCAUUGGACACCCGAAUUGGGAGUUCACUCCUUGGUUUGGGAUGAGGCGCUUAAGAUCGCUGGGCAGGACCCCGAUUUCCACAGGAAGGACCUCAUGGAUGCGAUUGAUGCUGGCCAGUAUCCUAGGUGGAAGUUUGGUAUUCAGGUGAUUCCCCAAGAGAAAAAGAACGACUUCGAAUUCGACAUCGAAGACGCCACAAAGAUCUGGCCGGAGGAGCUGGUACCUAUCCAGUACGUUGGGGAAUUGGAAUUGAACCGAAAUGUGGACGAAUACUUCCCACAGACAGAGCAGGUUGCCUUCUGUACCAGCCACAUCGUUCCUGGGAUUGAUUUUUCAAACGAUCCCCUCCUUAUCGGCCGCAACUUUUCCUACUUUGAUACCCAAAUCUCGCGCCUGGGUCCCAACUGGCAAGAAUUGCCAAUCAACCGACCAGUGUGUCCCUAUAUGAGCUUGGUCAACAGGGAUGGCGCGAUGAAGCACCGAAUCACAAAAGGCAAGGUUAAUUAUUGGCCAAACCGAUACGAAACCAAUCCCCCAGCUUCGCCAUCCCAGGGUGGUUUCGCCACUUAUCCCGAGAAGCAAGAAGGUGUCAAGGCACGCCAGCUUUCGGACAAGUUCAAAGAGCAUUACAAUCAGGCCCAGCUCUUCUUCAAUUCUCUCUCUCCCAUUGAGAAAAUGCAUGUCGCCAAGGCCUUCUCGUUUGAGCUUGAUCACUGCGAUGAGGAGAUCGUCUACAAGCGCUUGUCAGAGCGUCUUGCCGUCAUAGAUCUCAACCUCGCGCAGACCGUGGCAAAGAAUGUGGGCGGCAACACACCGGUCAAGGCUACGAAGGCUAACGAUGGCCGGACCUCGAAGGGAUUGAGUCAGUUUGACUAUCUCGCCAAUGGUCCCCAGAUUGCUACGCGGCGUGUUGCAAUCCUCAUCACGGAUGGCUUCGACCAUGUUGCGUACUCGCAGAUGAAAGAUACUCUCCAGAAGCACGAAGCAUUUGUCUUUACCAUUGGCUCGCAGCGUCAGGGUGUCACAGCCGAAUCAGGUGAGAAGGUCAUCCCCGAUCACCACUUCCCCGGCAUGCGAUCGACGCUCUUCGAUGCGGUCUUCAUCCCUGGUGGAAAGCACGUGGGUGCGCUGGCGAAGAACGGUAUUGCCAAAUACUGGAUUACCGAGUCCUUUGCUCAUCUUAAGCCCGUUGCUGGCAUCAAUGAGGCAGUUGGAUUCAUCCAGCGGCAGAUCAACUUGGAUUCGGUCAAGCACGCUUCCUCUGCCGGUCAGAUCGUGGAAAGCUAUGGCGUUGUAACGGGGCAUGGCAACCCAGCAGAUCUUUUGAAGUCAUCAUCCAACAUCGGGGAUGACAGUCAAGGAUUUGUCGACCAGUUUAUUUGGCAGAUUUCUCGGCAUAGGAACUGGCAAAGAGAGUUGGACGGAUUAAUUGACGAGGUAGCCGCUUGA